AUGAGCAACGCUUGGCCUUCAGGGGCAGCCCAAGAUGGCGCACAACCCGAUGCGCCUAUAGAAGAUGUCACCGAUACUGGUGAGAUUGCUGACCUCGCCGGCGAGGCUGAACAACCCGACCUCCCACCCGUUCCUGCGCCGCCAACAACAUCACGACCUCCUCUCCAGCGCAACAUUUUGCAGGGCGUCCCCCCAGCCGCCCCAAUGGCGCCUCCUACCUCGAACGACCAACCGCCUGCAACCGACUCACUCUCUUUGCAACAGCUGCGCCAUAUUGUGGCUGAGUUUAAUCGUGCUGAGCCCGUUGCCUACGAUUUUGAGUACACCGAUAUAGGCCCCCACGCCGAAGAGAUUGAUGAGUGGUUCAACUAUCAGUUGACGCAGUGGGCACGUCUAAACGCUGCGCAGGGAGCGUUCAAGUGGCACUGGCAGCACGAAGCGAGAUCUCAGGACUCGUGGGACGAUGCAGACAACGACACCCGGACACGGUUUGUCCAGACGGCCAUUGCAGGCGUGCAGUCCAACGAUGCUGCGCUACGAUCAGCUUCGAUUGGAAAACUGGUGUAUCUUGUUGUGGGGCGCUGGAACGAUACCGCUAUGCCAAAUGCGACCCCUGGGGAUAGCCGGUCUGUCGCCAGUAUUUCGCAGUUGCAAGCAAUCAAGGCCGGGGUGGAGUGCAUCACAUCAUUGGACGGCCUGCCUGUCAUAUGGGAAGCUCUGCGGAAUAAUUUUGAAUUGCAGUGGUCAGGGGAACCUCUGGGGCAGCAUAAUAGCGCCCAAGAAGCCCAGGAUGAGUUGAUGAGUCUCAUGACUAUCAUGUACAUCGCUAUACAAGAGACCCUGAACGACCCGGAAGACAUGGCUUCCACAUACGGAAAGCUUUUGGAACUUAACCCCUCAUUGGUCGACUAUAUGUUCACAGCAACCUCGAAACUACGAUGGGAUGAGCAAAACGCCAUGCCGCAGACUCAGAUACUUUUACUGUUUUGGAAGUCGAUCCUACUAGUUUUUGGCGGAACAGAGGAGCUCGAAGCCAUCAAAAAGGCAACCAACGAGAUGGGUGAAAAGGCAGCUGAUAAAAAGACCAUCACCGCCUCACCCUUGGACUACCACGUCUUCCGUCAAGAGAUCACAUCAAAAUAUCCAGCAUAUGUGCCUCCGCGCCCGGCCAUUCCUCUCGAAGCAGAUAACACCUCUUUGUUGCCGCCCUUCUCGAGCCAAGUGUCCCGAAACAACGGGGCAAAUGGUAUCAUUCCUGCACCGCCUCAAGUUCACAAUGGAGGAACGUCGAUUCUUGAUCAGCCGGUACAUAUUGCAACUCCUGCCCCCUCGCCGCCACCCUCACCGGCGGUGGGCGGUAAAGGGGGUAAGAAACAAAACUACCAAACGAAUCAGAAUUUCCCUUUUAUGUACCCCCCCUUGGAUGCCUCGAGCAAUUAUGCUGGCGGCAAAGAAGCUGCAGGUAUCCAGCAUGCCCUCGUUGGUCGAAAAUGGGAGGGAAGCGAUAUCCCCGCCUCCAUCCUCGAGGCAGGAGAGCUGUUCUCUACGCGAGUCAGGAUGACGCGGGCAACCCGCCAGCUUUGGGAAGAGCGUGAGCGGUUCCUGAAAUUCGAGCGCGGCUACAACAGUGACUAUGAGGAUGACGACGACAUUGAGGGUCUUGAUCUCAACGAGCUCACAUUAGAGGAACAGGAGAUACUGAAAGAGAUCAAGGCAGAGAGUAGGGCAGAAGAGAAGGCCAAAAACCCGGUUGCUCCUAAGCCAGAAAUAGACUUUGGCCCCCGGCCAGAGCUUUUGUCUGAACGGGACAGGCAGCGUCUUUUUGCCGUGGAAAAGUUUUAUCGUGAUGCCUUGCCCCAUCUUCAAUCACUUGUAAUCGUUCUGCUGCGGCCGAUUCUUCUUAACGUGACAGCAAUCGUUUCGCAGCAACCUCAACAAGUACCUCAAUCAAUGGGCAGAGGGAACCCCGGGAUGAAUGGCGGCCCUGCAGCUAAUAGGCAACAACAGGAAAUACCAGGACAAACCCUCCCCAAACCUCCGACACCAGAAUUAACUCUGGAGGAAGUUGAUGCUGCAAGAACGAGAGAAAUUACAUCCAAGGCCAUGACUGGAAUUCUCAUUUUGCUAUUAAAAUGGCUGCGGGUUUCUCAUGUCUUGAAAUUCGAGUACAUGACACAACUUCUACUGGACUCUAACUAUGUCCCUCUUGUUUUGAAACUAUUUGCCCAUCAAGAUGUCCAGCAAGUGGUGGACAGCAAGAUAGACCGCGUUGAAAACAGCUUCUUUCACUUCUGCAACCUGUUGUCGCAAUCUCGAGAUAAGAGCAGUUCAGAUGAGGCACAAGAUGAUGAAGAUGACGAAGAGAUAGAAGAGAGCGAAGAUGAAGCAGCGCCCCCGCCAAUUAAGUUACGGCGAUCGCUGCCCACACAGCACGAAGACGAUGCAGACUCUAACAGUGAUGGCCAAGCAUCCUCUACAAGGCCUGAAGUCGACGAGCUCGGUUAUCCUCUUAACAUGCAACCAACCGAGCCCAUAACAGACUUCUCACGCCGCAACUUUUUCUCUCUCAUCAACUACCUAAGAGUAAUGCAAAAGAUUUGCAAAAACAAAGCACACCGAAACUUGUUGCUUGUCCAGUACAAGUCAUCAACCAUUUUGAGAAAGUCCCUCAAGGUGCCCCAGCCGGAGCUGCGACUCUACACACUCAAGCUAUUCAAGAAUCAAGUCCCAUAUUGCGGCCGCAAAUGGCGCCAGAGCAAUAUGCGUGUGAUCACGGCGAUCUAUCUACACUGCCGGCCUGAGCUCAAGGACGAGUGGCUCGCGGGAAGUGACGUCGACGCCGAGGUGGAUGCGGCGCUUCCUCUGGAACAGGCAUUGCGUAGUCUUACCCACUGGCUCAACAUACGACGUUAUCCAGACAAGAUUGCGCCAGAUAUUCGAGCUGCUAUGCGAGAUGAGCAGGACUUUUUCUCGAGGGAACUAGAGAAGCUGGAAUUGAAUUGGACGGAUGGAGUAGGCGAUGAGAACGAAUUAGAGCCUGGAGAAGCGUGGUGA